GCUACUUCAAAAGUCAUGUCCAUGGAUGCAUUUGCUCACCAGUGUUGGAUAUUCAAGAACAAAACCAUCAUUGGCCCCCAUGUUACUGAAGAUUUGAAAUUGAUGUUCCUUCCACGUCACUCAGGAAUUUUUCAGUGCGUCAUUUGUGUCUCCUCCUAUCCAGUCUCGUCAGAUGCCAAUACAGUUGUCAGAGCAGAAGCGCUUGCUGUGAGAGUGGUUAUUACAGCUGUGGCAGAAGAUCCAUUGAUUGAGGUUUUGGCAGGGAGAAACAAAAGCUUGGAUUUUGGUGACUUGGUACCUGGCAGUGACAAAGCACUCUCUCUCAAACUAAUCAACAGGACUCAUUCCACUGUUCCCAUUCGACUUGUCAUCAGUGCAAAUGCUGCUGCAUGGAGAUGUUUUACAUUUUCCAAGCCUGAUGCAUUAGCAGAAACUGCACUGAGGACUGAAAGCACCUCUCCAUUGGUGGCCCCAUCAGUCAUGAAUCAUGUGAUGCAAGCCAGCUAUGAAGGAGAGGAUCCUGAAAGUUUUAUUUUGUGGGUUCAUUUUCAUGCUCCGCAAAAAUACAUCAGCAAUACAGACACCUUUAUCAUUGUCUUUUCCCUUAGAAAAGAAUUAAGUGGUUCGGGAGGGCCAACAAGAUUUGAAAUCCAGACAGUGGCCCAGUUUGAUAACCACAACUCCCAGGUAUGGCGUGUCAGCUGGAACAUCACUGGUACGGUCUUGGCGUCCUCUGGAGAUGAUGGCUGUGUCAGAUUAUGGAAAGCUAACUAUAUGGAUAAUUGGAAAUGUACUGGCAUUUUAAAAGGAGAUGGAAGUCCUGUAAAUAAUGCCUUACUCCAGCAGCCAAUGGGUGGUCUUGGUUCUUCAGCAUUUAACAGUACCACCGCACAGAAUGCGCUGAAUGGAACAUCUUCUGCAGGAAGGAAACCUUGAUACAUCUUGCCAUCUGCACAUAUUAUGCCCUUUUCAACAGACAGAAAAUUCAGCUGAUCUCAAGCUAACUGGAAUAACUUUGCUGUUUUGCUGCUUGUUGCAUGCACACAGGAAUGAAAAACGAACUCCUUUAUCCCCUCCCCAGCGUCAUCUGAUAUCACUUGAGGCCAACUAGCAACCUGCUUACUAAUAAUCUUGGAUGGAAAGCUUUAUAAAAUAGAUUUUUUUUCCCUGUUUGUUAGUGUUUCUUUCCUGAAUACGUUUGACAUUGUUCUUGAACAGUUGACUUCAAUGUGCUGGAAACUUAGGAGAAGCACGUUUUGCUUUACCUUACAGAAGCUUGAAAGAACUCUAUUUUGCAUCUUCUGUGGCUAUAUAAAUACAUUAAGUUGAUGGUAAAUUACUACUUUUGUAAAAACAAAAUUAAGAAAAACACUGUAAGUGAAUAAGGCUGAAGGAAAAUACAAUUUAACUAAUUUGAUUUUGAGCUGCGUUAAUUUUCAUUCUAAACAACAACUACACACACAGCAACACCACACAUUCAUUGAGCUCUAAAGUAGGGAUAUACAAAUGCAAACAGAUAUGUUCUGUUUUUUUAAUUGUGGGACCAGUAUUCUAUGUGUUCUAAUUAGAAUUAAAUAAAUUAAGAAUCACAUUGACACAGUAUUGUGUGUGCUUGAUUUUUUCAGUGUUGGAUUUUAGGUUUUGUUUUGUUUGCAGUAUUUCUUCUAAUACUGAUGCAUAAGCAUUGUGUUUACAUUAUGAUGGAAGAACUGUUUGAAAAUACAGAUGAGGGGGCAUUGGAACUAUUGGAUAACAUUUUCUUACUGUGGUCUGUUUGCUGAACCACGACCCAGUAUUUUAUUUUUAUUUUCAGGCAUGUGUAACUUUCAUUUUCUAAUAUUCACCACAUAUCUCUUUGUCUUGUGUUCUUUUUCUCCCAUUUUAUUCUCUCACCUGUGUAUUCCCAUCUACAUUGUUUCAGGUAUUUCUUUCCCCCUUCGGAUCAUGCUCGGGCUGGAUCAAGAUGGUCCAGUUAUGCCCAGCUUCUUCCUCUUCCUCCUCCUCUUCCUCUUCCUCCUAUGGCAGAACAGUCUUGUGAUGCUGAUGCAACUCACCUUCAGUAUCGUAACCCUCACGGUCAAUACUCCUGCAGAACUCUCAAUUCCUUGCCAGAGAAUGAGGGGGUGCAAUAAAAAAGCAUACUUAUGCAGAGCCGGUAAUUGUAUAUGUGUCUGCUGAGUUAAAUUUACGCCCUUCCUCAUGUUCUCUGUAUUGUAGAUAGUUUAUUGAUAUUCCAACAAUCAUACAUUAUGUAAAUAAUCUGAUGUUGAAUUGUCUGUUUCAGUCACUCCAGUAGGUCCAAGUGAGUGGAAAGCUGCAUUUAACAUCUAUAUACAAUAACGAACAGCUAAUAGACCAAGUUAAACUAACAGAAUUAUGUGCCUUAGAAAUGCCUACUGUUAAUUGAUUUUUAAUGAAGAUUAAUUUGUAUCGUAAAGGAAUUCUGAAAGAAAUAUUUAAUUUUGAAAUGAUCAAUUGUUACAAAUGUAAUUUCUGGUGUUAAAGUUGAGAGAAAAUUGUGUAAUAUGUGUUACCAAUCUAAAACAGAGUGGUGCAUGGCAGUUGGCAAGAUGACCAUAUGAGCUGAAUGAGAAUGCCAUUCCUGUCUUUGAGCUGAAAUAGAUCACGCACAGUCAGUAUUUUGCUAAACAUUUGUACAGGUAAUGGUAAGAAAUUGCAUUUAAAAAUCAAUGGAGUGUAAAAUUAUUUUGUGAAAAAAAUAAAGAUACAUGCAAACAAUUGACUCAA